CAUGGUUCUUCUGGGCAGCCAUUCUAGGGGUCCUUAUGGAAUCACUUGGGUUUCUCUGUCGCAUCAUCUCAGCAACAAAUGUCAAUAACAACCUGCCGUUCCUCAUAUCUUUUCUCAUGAUUCUCCUCGCACCUUCCUUCUUGGCUGCGGCGUGCUACACCGCGUUCAGCCGCGUUGUAUGGUUCAGCUGUCCACCGCACACGUUGAAUUUCAAGACUCUCUGGUGCUUCCCAAAAUGGAUAACGCCUACCUUUGUCGUCUUCGACCUCUUCUCAUUCUUUAUUCAGCUUGUUGGCGCUAGUCAAAUCUCCCAUCAAUAUGACGGCGAUCCAAGCCAAGACAGGAGCAUCGAAGAGUCUGAGAAGAAAGUCACAUCUGGCCGUGUCAUCCUUGUCCUCGGCCUCAUCCUCCAGAUGAGCUGUUUCGCGUCUUUCGCCGUAAUAGCAGUCCGAUACUUUCUCAUGAGCCGCCAGUGGCGAUCUGAGGACCUGGGUGACUGGAAGUUGUGGCGGAAGUUGAGCUGGAUGAUCAACAUUGCUGCGGCACUCAUCUCAGUGCGUGCAAUGUACCGCACACUUGAGAUUCCCCACGAUCAGAAUACCGGGCUCCAAUACUUGCAGGCACAUGAAUGGUGUUUUUGGAUCUUCGAUGCUGUUCCUAUCUUCGCGACUCUCAUUGUUUUUACGAUAUUUCACCCUGGUCGAUAUCUUCCGAGAUCUUACACCCACCUUAAAUUGAACAAGACGGUUGCGCUGCAACAGAAGGAUGAGAUUAGGCCACCAUCUAUUAUUACAGCGGAGGAUGCGGAGCUGACAGAUUAUGCCCCGAGAGAUUUUGAACCUGGAAAUGUGGUGCGAGUAGGCCGGAGAGUAGGGUGAAAUUGAAAGAGAUGUUUCAGGAAGAUCAAGUUUAGUUUUGCUUUAUAC